AUGUCCUCGUCCCCGGACAUCCUCCACGACGAGCAGCGUCUCGACGACAUCAAGCGCCGUUUAGAUGAUCUCGAGCGCGGCAAGUCCCUCCUCUUCCUCCUUCUCUUCCCCCGCUUAUCUCCUUUCCAGAUUCAGCACGACGCCCUCGCCUCUCAGAGCGCUACCCUCGCAGCCAAUGUCGCCGCACGCCGCGUCAAAAACGCACCGAUGCGCACUCUGCUCCCAGAGAUCUGCGACAUCGUCUUCGCGUACUGCGCCGAUCCAGAGUGCGCUCUCGACUGCGACAUCUCAGACUGUGUAUUCGAGCAGCCGUCCCCCGUAGUCCUCGCCAGUGUCUGCUGUCGCUGGAGAGCAAUGGUGUACAAUAAUCCGGCCUUGUGGACCACUCUCCAUCUCCGUCCAGAUAUAAAUAGCCCUGCUGAGAUCACCAGAGCCCGUCUGUUCCUUAAGCGCUCUGCAAAUAUGCCUUUGCGCGUCACAAUAUGCCCAGUCACUCUGCUCGGAGAUCCACGCAGCAUCACCGCCUGCGUCUUGCCAGUGCUCAGCGUUCUGAUUCCCCACUUUGGCCGUGUCCAGUCGCUCAAGACACACCUGAGCAUCGAGACACUCCCCGACGUGUUUCCUGCCGCACAAGACGUGCUAAUGCCCAUGCUUCAGGAGCUCAGUCUCUUGGUAAACACUUCCCAUGCAAGCGCUUCGCUCCUGGGUCGUCUACAGGCUCGGAGACUUCAGGUCCUCCACGUCUGCGACAUCACUCCAUUUCUCGACGUUCUCGAUGAUGUCCUUCCGACUCUCAAAAGCCUCGUUAUCACCGAAUGUCGCUCAUGGAAAUUUUCUCGUCUAUUUCCAAACAUGCUGGCAAAGUGUUCCAAAUUACAAUCGUGCUCUAUCACAUUCCCAAGCACCCUCUUUUUUAUGGAUCUUGAACCAAUUGAACUCCCCGAACUUCGAUCUCUGAACCUGGAAUGGCCAUUCUUGUUCGAACCGUCCCCUAUCUUUCGCGCCCUCCGCGCACCAAAGCUGCUGUCUCUGCGUAUCACCCACCUCUCUCGCCAACUGGUAGUACCGAUACACACGCUUUCCUCUCUCAAAGGACUGCUCAGAUCAGCGGCACAGCUACAGUUCUUGGCCAUCACAGGCUGCAAUCUUUUGACACAGGACGAGGCGACCCGGCUGUUCGAAGAUUCGCCAAACAUACGGCGUCUAGAAAUUAACAAUUGCUCACGAGGAGAUCGUUUCCUUCUCCCGCUGACGCCAGACAACCCCCGCGACAUAGACGCCGUCUGGCUUUGCCCAAAGCUAACGCAUGUCACCAUCACAGGCCUCCAGGACUCUGACGUGCGGCCUGUCAUCAACUUUGCGAAGAGUCGAUCAGACAUAAUGGCAACCACUGUUCCUGCCAAUCCAGAAUGUAAGUUCCUUGAAGAGUUAGCGCUCGACACCAACAGCCAGCACCUCAAUCGGCAGGCGAAGCUUCUCUUGCUGUCUGGCCUUUUUGGCAUUCAAAGAUCUCUCAAUAUUCUUGGGCCGCGUGGCAAUUUAUUCAGCCCUCCGACCUGA